GUGCACCAAGAAGGAGAAAUGCGAGCGCUCAUCGGAGCCUCGUCGCUUCGCAUCGGACAUCAAACAGUGUGUUCGUCUCAGCGUCCACCCAAACAACAUCUCUGUGUCUCAGUUCAGCGUAACGUUGAUCUUGGAGGCCCACAACGUUCCGGAACUGUCCGCGGGGGUGAACUGCACCUUCGAGGACCUGGCUGAGAUGGACGGGCUGGUGGAGGGGAACCGGAUCAGGUGUAGUUCACCUGCUGAGAAGGAGGUGCCUCGCAUCGUUACAGACAAAGGCGACCACCAGAUUGUUCAGCUCUACCUCAGGUCUAAAGAGACCGGGCUGGCCUUCGCUAACACCAGCUUCGUGUUCUACGACUGCAGCGUCCACAUGUCGUGUCUGUCCUGUGUGAGCUCUCCGUACCAGUGCCACUGGUGCAAAUACAAACACGACUGCACCCACGACCCACGCACCUGCUCCUUCCAGGAGGGCAGGGUCAAGACGCCUGAGGAGUGCCCUCAGCUGCUGCCGGUGGAGGAGAUCCUGGUCCCAGUCGGGGUGGUGAAGCCCAUCACGCUCAAGGCCCAGAACCUUCCUCAGCCGCAGUCGGGCCAGCGAGGCUACGAGUGCCUGCUCACCAUCCAGGGGGUGGAGCAGAGGGUGCCCGCCCUGCGCUUCAACAGCUCCAGUGUUCAGUGUCAGAACACGUCGUACUCGUAUGAUGGGAUGGACAUGAGCAGCCUGCCGGUGGACCUGACGGUCGUCUGGAACGGAGACUUCAGCAUCGACAACCCUGCCGAGAACAAAGUCCACCUAUACAAGUGUGCAGCCCAGCGGGGCAGCUGUGGCCUGUGUCUGAAGGCCAACCCCCAGUAUGGCUGUGUGUGGUGCAAGGGAGAGAGCCGCUGCACCCUCAAGCAGCACUGCCCCCACCCAGAGAGCCAGUGGCCCAAGCACAACCCCAGGUGCACCCACCCUCGCAUCACCCAGAUCAGCCCCCUGCGCGGGCCUCGAGAGGGGGGCACCCUUGUCACCAUCCGGGGGGAGAACCUGGGCCUGGACUUCCAGGAGAUCCAGGGGAACGUGAGGGUGGCCCAAGUGGACUGCACCCCCAUCCCCGAGGGCUACAUCCCUGCGGAGCAGAUCGUGUGUGAGAUGGGCAAAGCAGAGUCAAGCCAGUUUGCAGGCAACGUCCAGGUGUGUGUCGGAGUAGGAGAGUGCAAACCAGAGUUCAUGGCCAAGUCGACCAAGUACUACUACUUUGUGAUUCCUCGGUUGCACCAGCUGAAGCCGUGCCGAGGGCCCGUUUCCGGGGGAACCAUCGUCAACAUCACCGGCAGCAACUUAGACGCCGGGAGCAACGUGUCUAUCAUGUUCAAAGACCAGAAGUGUGCAUACCACAGGCGUGGAGGUCAGUGGAUCACGUGUCGCUCGCAGGCCUCUCUGCACGGCUACGGGGAGGUGGCCGUCUCGGUGAGCGUGGACAAGGCUGUUCUCCACGCCAGGGACCUGAAGUUUGAGUAUGUAGAAGACCCCACCAUCACCAAGCUGGAGCCAGAGUGGAGCAUCUUCAGCGGACACACACCUGUGACGGUGACCGGAACCAACCUGGACAUCAUCCAGAACCCCCUCAUCAGGGCCAAGUACAAAGAUCACGACACGGUCAACACAUGUGAGGUCCUGAGCCCCACCAGCAUGCUGUGCCAGGCCCCGCCCCUUCCUGUCCACCUGGGCCGUCAGCGGGAGGUCCCAGAGCGUCCGGAUGAGUUUGGCUUCAUCCUGGACGACGUGGAGGCCGUGCUGGCCCUCAACACCAGCAGCUUCAUCUACUACCCCAACCCUGAGUUUGAGGCCCUCAGCGUGUCUGGGGUGCUGGAGCUCAAGCCUGGCUCGCCCAUCAUCCUCAAGGGGCGGAACUUCCUGCCGUCCACCAAUAGCGGGAACGGCAGGCUGAAUUACACGGUGCUGAUUGGAGAGAAACCCUGUAUGUUGACGGUGUCUGACACACAGCUGCUGUGUGAGGUCCCCAACCUGACCGGACGCAGGAAGGUGCUGGCCCGUGUGGGUGGUAUAGAGUACUCCCCCGGCGUGGUCCACAUCACGUCUGACAGCCCUCUGAGCAGCACGGCCAUCAUUGGCAUCGCCGCGGCCGGCGCCCUCCUCAUCCUCUUCAUCGUGGUGGUGCUCAUCGCCUACAAGCGCAAGUCUCGCGAGAGCGACCUGACCCUGAAGCGCCUGCAGAUGCAGAUGGACAACCUGGAGUCUCGGGUGGCGCUAGAGUGCAAGGAGGCAUUCGCAGAGCUCCAGACCGACAUCCACGAGCUGACCAGCGACCUGGACGGAGCAGGUAUCCCCUUCCUGGACUACCGCACCUACACCAUGAGGGUCCUGUUUCCCGGCAUCGAGGAGCACCCUGUCCUCAGAGACCUGGAGGUCCCGGGCUACAGGCAGGAGCAGGUGGAGAAGGGGCUGAAGUUGUUCGGCCAGCUCAUCAACAACAAGGUGUUCCUGCUGUCCUUCAUCCGCACCCUGGAGGCCCAGCAAGGCUUCUCCAUGCGCGACCGUGGCAACGUGGCCUCGCUCAUCAUGACCGUCCUGCAGAGCAAGCUGGAAUACGCCACUGACGUCCUCAAGCACCUCCUCUCAGACCUGAUCGACCGCAACCUGGAGAGCAAGAAUCACCCCAAGCUGCUACUGCGCAGGACGGAGUCUGUAGCAGAGAAAAUGCUGACCAACUGGUUCACUUUCCUGCUGUACAAGUUCCUUAAGGAGUGCGCUGGAGAGCCUCUGUUCUCUCUCUUCUGUGCCAUCAAGCAGCAGAUGGAGAAGGGUCCUAUCGACUCCAUCACGGGAGAGGCCCGCUACUCCCUCAGCGAGGACAAGCUCAUCAGACAGCAGAUCGACUACAAGACUCUGGUGGUGAACUGCAUCCACCCCGAGAACGAGAAGAGCCCCGAGAUCCAGGUGAAGGUGCUGAACUGCGACACCAUCAGCCAGGUGAAGGAGAAGAUCCUGGAUGCCAUCUACAAGAACGUCCCCCACUCCCACCGGCAGAAGGCCUCCGACAUGGACCUGGAGUGGCGUCAGGACCGCGGCCAGAGGAUCAUCCUGCAGGACGAGGACGUCACCACCAAGAUCGAGAGCGACUGGAAGAGACUCAACAUGCUAUGUCACUACCUGGUGCCUGAGAACUCUGUGGUGGCUCUGGUCCCCAAGCAGGUGACAGCCUACAAUUCCGUCAACAACUCUACUGUGUCCAGAACCUCCGCCAGCAAAUACGAGAACAUGAUCAAGUACACAGGCAGCCCGGACAGCCUGCGCUCUCGCACGCCCAUGAUCACCCCCGACCUGGAGAGCGGGGUGAAGGUGUGGCACCUGGUGAAGAACCACGAGCACGGUGACCAGAAGGAGGGCGACCGCGGCAGCAAGAUGGUGUCUGAGAUCUACCUGACCCGCCUGUUAGCCACCAAGGGCACGUUACAGAAGUUUGUGGACGACCUGUUUGAGACCAUCUUCAGCACGGCCCACCGGGGCAGCGCCCUCCCGCUCGCCAUCAAGUACAUGUUUGACUUCCUGGACGAGCAGGCGGACAGACACAGCAUCCACGACCCGCAUGUGAGGCACACCUGGAAGAGCAACUGUCUUCCUCUGAGGUUCUGGGUGAACGUGAUCAAGAACCCCCAGUUUGUGUUCGACAUCCACAAGAGCAGCAUCACGGACGCCUGCCUGUCGGUGGUGGCCCAGACCUUCAUGGACUCCUGCUCCACCUCAGAGCACCGCCUGGGGAAGGACUCGCCCUCCAACAAGCUGCUGUACGCCAAGGACAUCCCCAGCUACAAGAGCUGGGUGGAGAGGUACUACUCAGAUAUCAACAAGAUGCCGGCCAUCAGCGACCAGGACAUGAACGCUUACCUGGCGGAGCAGUCGCGUAUGCACUUGAACGAGUUCAACAGCAUGAGCUCCCUCUGCGAGAUCUACUCCUACGUGGGCAAAUACGCCGAAGAGAUUGUGUACGCGCUGGAGCAGGACGAUGCUGCCAGGAAACAGCGUCUGGCCUUCAAGCUGGAGCAGGUGGUCGCCUUCAUGAGUUUGGAGAGCUGAGGACUGCAUUUCCCAGGGUGCACUGGGAGACCCCGUCAGAAACCGAGCCGUGCCUGAGCGAAGACCUGUCCAUCAUCAUAACACUUCCUGUCCCGGUCUUUUUCUUCUUGUUUUUUUUUUCUUUCUUCUUCUUCAAAGAGGACUUCCUGUAGUUUGACCUUCUGCUUCCUCCUGAUCGGGUGUUCGGUUUCUCAUCCGCUCUGCUGCAUAGACUAGAGAGGCUGUGGAGCUAGGCACUGCAUAUCCCACAAUGCAAUGGGGGGGUGGGGGGUUUCUCAACUCAGCUGUGGUGGAGGAGACUGAAGGGAUACUGGCAUCCUUUCGAUUCUCCCUUUUCCAGGGAGAGAAAAAAAAACUUACGUUUAUGUUGCCUUCAAGAAUACUGCUGAUAGUAAAGUCUUUGAAAACCACAAAGACUGUUUUUGAAUAGGAUAGAAACUAAAGUACUAGAGUCCAGUUCAAUGUAGUGCUACAAUAUAUACGAUAUCACGACAGAAUGGAAAACAAAACAAAAAAACUCACAAAAAAAUGUACUGAGGACCGCAAACCAAAUGACCACCUGACAACAAGGAAAGGUUUCCAAGUUUACACUGUUCCUAGGAGUAAACCAUACAUAUCUGAGGGUUGAGAGUUGUUCAUUAGUUCCAUUGUUCUCUCAACGUAGCUGGAAGUGUAUCAUUGACACACUAGUAGUGGCUUGAGGGGAUUUCGAGCUACUUGAAGCUUACUUUUAUUGAUACACAACUGACUUUAAAAUCUAGAAAACAUACCACUCCUCUUUGCGUGCUACAUCGGUGCAGUCCUUUCCACACGCCUUCCAGAAAUCCUAGAGAAAAAAAAAAAAAAAAAAAAAAAUCAUAUUAUUCUGCAUCAUCUGGCUUCCUUUCGUGGUACUGCUAAAUUAAGAUCUGAAGACAGAACGGAUGUCACGUCCUGUAUCGGAGCCCUCCGUGACAAGCACACAACCAACCCUUGACCACAGCGACCCGGCCCCAGAGUGACCACCAGGGGAGGUCUGACUUCAGCCUGGGCAGAGUCACUUCGACGGUCAACAAAAGCACAGACGACUCCAGGACUACUGCUGUCAAGAGUCCAGAGAGGACCUGCUACAGACACAACCUGACCAGAUAAACGAGAGGUAGGACCUGCUACAGACACAACCUGACCAGAUAAACGAGAGGUAGCUGAUGGACUGAACUGAAAGAGGGACAGCCUAAGUGCAGUCUUCCUUCGGAUCCCAGGUUUUCAAAGACUUCGACUGUGAGCCUUCUGCCUGGGCAGGUCACGCUGGGAGACUGUUGUUCUUUCACUGAACCUUCUACGAGACUUUCGGAUGGAAGGAAUUAAAAAGAUUGACUUGACUGGUCAGCCGAAAAACCAAAGGAUUGCGAGAAUUGAGAGCGAAAACGUAUUUGAAAAAAGUGCCACAAAGGAAAGGAAAACGACACAAAACCCUGGAUUUAAUGAACGAAAAUGUUCCGGCUCCGCACACACACACAAGAUUAUCCCAACUCCACCCCCUGGUGAUUUCUGACCUCGAGUGUCGAGGGGCUAGUCCAUCACCCCUCCCGCCCCCGUGCCCAAGCCCUCGACUCACCCUUAUCCCCCUUUCUCCACCCCCCUUACAGCCCUCGACACACCCUUAGAGCCCUAGACACACCCUUACAGCCCUAGACACACCCUUACAGCCCUAGACACACCCUUACAGCCCUCGACACACCCUUACAGCCCUAGACACACCCUUACAGCCCUCGACACACCCUUACAGCCCUCGACACACCCUUACAGCCCUAGACACACCCUUACAGCCCUCGACACACCCUUACAGCCCUCGACACACCACUCCCCUCUCUGUCCCACCCCCCCCCCUCUCUGGCCUUCGACACACCCUUACCCUGCUUCUGUCCCAUUGCGACUUCAGUUGUUGUUUUUGCACAACGCGUGGAGACGUCCAGGUGGUUCCGUCGCGGGAUCCCAAACGGCGAGUGCGUCGCUGCAGCC